GGGCGACCGGCCGUUGCUUCGUACCAGCGCCUUCGAAGGCUCUGCGGGUUCUUCCCCGGGGUGCUUCUGCUGCUCGAUAGGUGUGUACACGUAUAUAUACGUACGUGUGUGCGUGGAGACAGCGAGCCGGUAAACGCCGACUGACAGGUGUGCGUCGAAGAAUUUUCAACGAUCGGCCACCGACUGAACGAUCGGAGCGGAGCUCGAGAAGGUGGUGGAGGAAGAAGAGAGAGAGAGAAAGAGAGAGAGGGAGUAAUCCGGAACCCGAGCACGAGCUCGAGCGCCGUUCACGAACACUGCCUCGAAGGGAGAAGAAGGUGGCGGUGGUAAAGUGGUGAGGUGGACGAGGACGGGAAGGGAAGGUGUAGUUGUGUGUCGUACGUACCUACGCGUCGUGUCGACGUCGAGGAGCCGCGUCCUCCUCCUCCUCGGCAGGACGCAGCAUCCUGGCCUGACGACACUGUGCCCGUCGUCGUCGUCGUCGUCGUCGUCGAGAAAACGGCCCCCGUCGCUCUAACGCAGCGGCUGCGUGUCACUACUGUCCCACUGCCCCACACACCGCGGCCUCAUGAUUGGUUCAUUCUGGAACCUCUGCCGUGCGUGCCCUUCAAUGCCGAUUGAUAAGCAGCUUCAUUCGGAAUACAGGAGCACGUACACAUGGCACGAGUACACGGGACCGCAUCAAGAGCAUACGGUUGUGCGACGCGCGCCGCAGCCGCCACCAUCGACGAAGCAACCGAGCGCGAAGCUACAAUCGGCCAAGUCAACCGAGGAUGAGAACAGCGAAGGGCCGACUCUGGAGCCACCGUUGCCCAGGCGAAAGAAAUAUCCGGAGCUCGCUUACAAGACACACGAAUUCAUCACCGCGGCGGACGGCGGUGGCAUCGAUGCCGUCGACUCGAACGUCGUAGCUGACAAAGUCCGGGAGGUUACAGCGACAUCGGCACUGCCACCGAGUCAGCUCAGCAAGGCGAUAUCUCGUAUCAGCACUGAGUAUCGGCUGCAGUUCGCCUGGCCUAGGAGACCGCAGCUGACGAAUGGGGAGACCUUGGCGCCGGUUCCUGCGGCGGGCGGUCCUACGGGCACCGCUGGCCCGCCGAGGAAGUCUCUCAGCAUGGGAGCGCUUAAGCAAGGCAUGGCGCCCAGCGGACCCGCUCCGGUUCAUAAGAAACGGCCCGGCGAUUUCGAUCACAAGCGCGAUGGGGUCCAAGCGUCCGAGUUGGAGCCACUGGUGGGCGGUACCGGGACGGACACGAUCGACGGCACGGUACCGGAGGGCGACGAGCGCGAGGAGGAUCUGUCGGAUUUGAAAAUAGCUUUCAGGGGUAAAAGGUCAGGUAGAACCGUGCGGAUAUCGGACGAUAAGCGGCCGGGCAAAUCGCAGGCGAAACCAUUUCCCACGGCGGAGGUGAUCGAGCUCCGGCGACUCGCUGACGAGUACAAGCAUCGUGACUGGGGUUGCGGUCUGGCGGCCGAGGACGAGGCUUCGCUGUGGAAACGAGUCUCCAGUAACCAUGCGCUCAACGCCCUAUCCCUUGCCAGAUCGGUCACCAAAGAGGAGAAGGAGAAGGAGAACAGGAAGGUCGCGCCGAUCGCCACGAUGGUGACUUUGCCACCGGCAGGUCGGCCGUCUUCGGUGCAGGCUAGACCGAUUCACGGGAUAUUGCAGGACGACAUCAAAGCGGAUAAUGACCGAGCCAUCGCUCGCGCAAGAAAGGAUUUCUUGAUCCGCCACCACCUCGAUCGUACUACCGGUGUAGGUGAUGGCGCACUGCUUCCCUCUCCUACGAGAGAGAAGCUGGAGCCCGUCAUCCCACGGCGGCGCGAGGACACGAAGGAACAUCGGGACGAGAUCCAACCGCGAACCAAGUCCAGUCCGAAGAACAGUCCGCGAACCGGACGCUCGCAGAGCCUCGGACCGACCGUUACCGAUCGCAGAUCGCCUAAACGUCAGCCUCCGCGUGCGCCGUCCGUCACUAAGGACGCCAAGUUUGCCAAGGAGAAGGAGAAGGAGACGAAGGACAAGGAGAAGGAUCAGAAGGAGAGAAGCGGUGAGCCCGAGAGGCAUCCACGACCGAUGACGGCCGAGCCCCAGGUAAAUGGGGAUGUCACCGGCGGGGACUCGAGCGUCGCGUCGACGCCGCCGUCGCAGACAACGCAGGCACCACCGGCGCCAGCCACGGCAAGUCCGUGGCUCGACGACGAGCCGGUGGUAAAAAGUCCGCCGGAGCCGACCAGGGUGAAGUCGCCGGAGCAGAUGAUCAUGCGCUCGCCGGAGCCCGUAAACUGGACCGUGCCUCUCGAUACCGGCAAAACCUUUACCGUCACGCAAAACGUCCGAGAGGAGCCCCUAACGCGUCCGCAUAGCGAGGCGAAGACGUGGGCACCGUCGUCGGUACCAUCGGCGCCGCAGUCAGCACCGCCGGAGCUCGCGGCACAGCACAAAUCGCAACACUCCCAGCACUCCGGCUACAAGUCGCCCGAGAGCGAGAGCGUUUCGCUCGGUAGUUUUAGCGGCAUUAACGGACAUAAAGAUCUGGACUCGGAAAGGGACAGCCCGUUACCCACAACCGCUCAGGAUACACUUACAAAAGGGGAAAAGGAGGCCGCCGACACCGCCGAGGAGACCAAGGAGCGGCAGAGCCCGGAGCCGUCGAUAAAACCGGUGGCGGGCACGUACCUGAGAUGCUUGGAGGACCCGAUGUUCGAAUUCGAGAGGAAGAAGCAAGAAAGCGGCCGCCUGCCGACCACCACGAGCGCGCCGAUGACGACGACAACGACGACGACGACGGCGACGACAACGGCGUCGUCGUCGUCCGCGCCGCAGCAGGGUUAUCGUGUUCUCGAGGCCGAGUCGCCUCAGACCGGCGGCGGUGCCGUAGGCGCCGGUGACACCGCGUCCACCACCGGUAGCACCGCGGGCGGUUAUCACGUGCUGGAAGCGUCCCCGGUGGUUCCAGGCUCGGCGCAGCGUUCGGCAGCGAGCGACGUUCUGGAGAAGGCGCGAAAUCGCUUCGACAAGUUUUGGGGGAAGGGCAACAACGACACGGAGAAUUAGAUGUCGCGUCCUCGAAACCGUGGGAAGAAAUGGCAAGAGGUAGAGGAGGGAGAGGAGGAGGUGACGAAGGAGGAGGAGGAGGGAGAGGAAGAGAAGAAGGAGGUAUAGGAAGACGCUCCGACGGAUUCCACAUUCCCGUUGAAGGAUCUCUCGUCCUGGAAAGACUCUUUUCGGAGAAGAGAGAGAGAGAGAGAGAGAGAGACCGUCACCCCGUUGUGUCCUACCGUCGAGUGAUCUGUCCACUGUGCUUUCGUAGCUUGUAGCCGCUCAAGAAGUGAGAAUAUCGUCGAAGGCGUUGUAAUAUCGCGAUCGAGAAGGAGAAAAGACGAAGAAUAUGAGAGGACGAGCCGAGGUGUGUCUCCAUGAAAGAAUUCUCCCCCGCUGAUCGCCGAUGAUAAAAGAGAGAGAAAGAAAGAAAGAGAGAGAGAGAGAGAGAGAAAGAGAGAGAGAGAGAAAGAGAGAGAGAGAGAACGAAAUCCUACAAAGCUUCUUCAUCAUUCCUAUCCUCGAGAUGCCACCUAUUCUGAAAGUAUCGAUGAACCUGAAACGACGAGGCAAUUACACGUGCUCGACACAAAGCGACAAACUGUCGAGGAUCCCGCGAUCUCGUCGAGGUUGGGAAGACGUUCGCGGUGUGAGGCGCGAAGAAGCGGGGGAAGGGACGCAAGUUCGAAGGCGGAAGCGAGGCCGGUCGAUGCUGUCGAAGAUUGGCUCCCGGGAAUUCGAAUUGCGGUCGCUCGGAAGCGCAGCGCGCUUCGACGCUCCGUGUCUUCCGAUGAUUGAUCUCCGCGUCGAGGGCCGAUGCGACGGGGUUAUUAGGGUUACGUUGUCGUUAUCAGCCGGGGCGACAACGGACGAAGCGACGAUUGAAGCAGCGGGCGAUAUCCUUCGGGGGCUGAAUUUUCGGAAUCACAGUCGGAGACUUUCACGGAGAUAUGCGAGCUCGGGAGGAGGAGGACAACAAACAAGGUUUCAGCGUCGAACAAUCGGCCGUUCUAAACGACCAAGCGGAGCUUCCUGUGCCCUUCCUUCUCAGAAAGCGAGAGACAGUAGGACGGUAUAUAUCGUGGAUCUGCGGACGUCCGGUCGUUGGUAGUAAGAAACGGAAAACGGAAGAGGAGAAUAGCUGCAGGCAAGAGGAUACGUCAGGGUGAAGGGUCCGACGGAUCGACGUCGAGAAGCUUUACGACUACGGUGCGUGCAGGUUACGCGUCGUCGGUCUCGUUUGAGUGAACCUCGAGGAAGAAUCGAACUCGAACGUAACCAUCUACACACCACGUACACACACGCUUACAGGCAACGUAUCAUGUACGCGUACAUAUAUACGAACAUUACACACACAGACAGGCAUAUAUACGCGAAGAAGAUAUACUCACACCUUUUCCCUUUUUCGACUGACCAGCGUUUCGAGGUAUUAUAGGCUAUCAUAAAACAGAACACGAUUGCACGUGAGACAGAUCACACUUACACGAACACACCGUCGUACAUGCGUAUAUGUACAUAUGCAUCUAUUCAUAUUUGUAUAUGUACAUAUGCACACACAGGCAUACAGACGCACGCGCAAUCUCUCAUCAACACGUACGUAGAGACAGCGUCUAGACGAGUACACACGUGAAAGCAUUAUAUAGAAUAUUAAAAGUAAUCCCACGGGA